GAUACUCAGGCGACGGUCUGUGUAGCGGUUCCUUUAGAAUUUCGGCAGGAAUAACGUUGAAGCAGCAGGUGCGUUUGCUAUGUGAGAGGACUGUAUGCUCGUGUAAUCUCCUGAUAUGUAAAGCUGACUCAUUCUGAAACUCACCUUUCUAUGCCACUGACGUGAAUCUUGCUUUUGGUGGAAGACGUAAACCCGAGGGUUGCUACGCACGUGUGCCCGAGGUAGUCAGUUGGCAAAAAAAUGCCUAGCGACCGGCUGAGUAGCGUCAUCGGUUUAACGGUGGGCAUUACGGCGGCAGGUGCGGGUCUUCUCGUUUACUACAUAUACUCUACACGGAGAAGGACGACGGGACGUCAGCAGACAAGAAGCAGCAGCCCUUCACCUCAGCGCCGAGUCGUCAAUGACAAGACCACGGGGCCCAGCGCGAGUACGGACGGAGGGGCACCUGCGUGCCAAGCCUCUCAGGUGAGGUAUGAACUUAGAGAUGUCGACAGCCGAAUGUUGGCUCCUGCUGAGCAAGAGGAGCUGUGGUGUCGCCUUGAUCUGAUCCUGCAGUGCGUUUCUGAACUACGGGAGGAAGUAGCCGACAUAAGGAGGAACCUCCAAGAAGUUGUCUCUCAGAUCAUCAAAGAAGUGAGGUCUACCAUAGAGAAUAACCAGAAGGCAGCACGGAAAAGGAGACAUCUAGUUAUGAGAGAGCGCACGGAUUCUAUGAGCUCCAGCUCGAUUUACUUCACGGCUAGUGUGGGAACGAAUAGCAUGUAUGAUGGAGAGAGUGAAGGAGGCUACACUACUGCCAAUGACUACAACGGAGAGUCUGAUUACCAAGGAGACAGAGAGACAGACAGAGAGACUGACGAAGAUGAAACAAGUUGUGCCACCAUAAGAACAAUACAACAAUGUGCCGAGGAAGAUGAAGACCCUUUAGCAGAUGUAAACCUAGACCUCAACCUGGAAGUGUUACAUAGCCUACUGAGUCAGAGUGAUGAGUUGCACUCAGGAUCCAGCAAAGACAAAAUGGAAGGCUUUCAGCUGCUCCUGGGCAAUGAUUUCGUGUAUGAAGAUCCAGAAUUUCUGUGGCGAUUAGCUCGUGCCUACAAAGACAUGUAUGAAAUCAGUGAGGAUGAAGAGGAAAUGAGAUCUUACAUAGAACAUGGCAGAGAAGUUGCAGAGAUGGCUACUAAGAAAAACGUCCAGAAUGCAGAGUGUCACAAGUGGUUUGCUAUAUUCACUGGCUUGAUGUCACAGUAUGAAGCUAUGCAUGGCCAGAUUAAGGGAGCAUACAUUUUUAAGAAACACAUUGAUCAAGCAAUCUGUUUAAAGCAAGAUGAUCCAGAUUGCUACUAUCUUCGUGGGCGAUGGUGUUAUGAGGUGUCCAACUUGGGCUGGCUGGAGAGAAAGGCGGCAGCUGCCUUAUAUGAGAAUCCUCCCAGUGCCACUGUCAGUGAUGCAUUGCAGGACUUCCUCAAGGCAGAAGAGCUCAGUCCUGGUUUUUCAAAGUCUGCAAGGCUCUACAUAGUAAAGUGUUACAGGGAUUUGGAAAACGACACAGCUGCUUCACACUGGUUAUGUUUAGCAUCACAGAUGACAACUGUUUCAAAAGAGUAUUGUUUUCCAAAUCUACUGGAUCGAAAACUGGAAGAAAUGCUGCAAGGAGCUUGUGAUAAGUGAAUGUGCAAUAACACAGGCACGUCAAUAUUGUGAGCAACUAGAAUUCAGCCCGAGUCAAGAAGUUAGACUGUAACAAUUAAGUGAGUUAUGUGGAACACAAGAAGGAAGGAAGGAAGGAAACAUUCCAAUUACAAGCCCAGUGUUUUGAAUAAAAAUGUUGUCUCCUGAGGUUAAUUCAAUGACUUCACCUGUGAACUCUGUCAAGAAUAUUGUACAUCAAACGCAUGUACAAGCAUUCUUACUGUCACUUUUAGUUUAAUUGAUUUUACAGUGUCUAGUAUUUAAGUAAAUUUGUUCUCCUGUAUAACUGAAUCAUUUUAUCUACAGUACCUAUAAGAAAUAUUCAACCCUUGUAAGUUUUUACAUUUUAUUGAAUCAUGGUAGAUUUAAUUUGUUUUGUUUUGUGUUGUUGACACUGAUCAGCAGGAAAAAGUCUCUUUAAUGUUGGUGAAAACAAAGACCUCAGAAAAGAGGUCUAAACAAAUUAAAACUCAAAAUAAAUGAUCCCAUAAUUAUUCAAGUCAGAUGGCAUUUGUGACAGCCUUUGCACAUCUCCACACUGCCAUUUGAGCCCCAGCUCUGUCAGGUUGUAAGAGGUCCAGCCACCGAGGACUGCGAUCUGGACUCGGGCUUGACCUCUCCAGGUCAUCAUAAUUCUUGUUUUUAAGCCAUUCUUGUGCAUCUUUGGCUUUAUGCUUGGGGUCAUUGUCUUACUUGUAAACAAAUCUCCCAUGGUGCAGGUUUCUUGUAAACCAUGUCAUGUUUUCCUCCAGGAUUUCAUUCAUUUAGCCCAUUACAAGCCUUCCAGGGCCUGUUGCAGGGAAGCCUCCCCACAGCACGAUGCUGUCACCACAGUGUGGGUUUACCCACGUGCUAUUUCAUCUAAUUGCCUGAAAGCUCAUCUUUGGUCAAAUUAGAAAAUUGAAUCUUCUUCCGGCCUUUGAGCAAACUCCAGACAGGAUAUCAUGGACAUUUUCAACAGCGGCUUUCUCUUUAUGACUCUUUUAUCACUAAAGGGGCGACUCUUGAAGCAGCUUUACAGUCUCGGCCACUAUAGUUCUCAUAGGUUUCUUGGUGGCCUCCAUCACUACCCACCUUCUUCUUGCACAGUUACACAGUUUUCUGUCGAUGACCUGUGUAGGAUGAGAAUGGGCAUCCCAGCUGGGAAAGAGCAUGGUUUUAUUACCCAGAUGGGAAGCCAGAGCAGAAUAACAGAUGGAUUGGCUGGCUGGACAGAAAGAUAACUUUGUAUCCAGCCAGUAUAAAACUAUGGAUGGGCCAGAAGAAGCCAGAACUUGGGAGCACUUCCAUCCCCUGUUCCAUCCUGGUUUGGCAGCCCAGUUGCGACACCCGCUGGGAUGCUUGGCAGUUGGUGUCCAGAAGUGCAGCCCUGUCAGGGUCCCUGGGUGCUGAUAGAGAGCGCUGUUGGAGGAGGACCUCCCUACUUACUUUAUGGCGUGGAAGUGUUUCCAGAGAGACAUGGCAUUGCACCGGACACCUUCCUGGUUCCAGUUUAAAACAGAGACCACAGCCCCAUGACUGACUCAUUGACACUCAACAGGAGGAAGAAUUUAUUUUCUCUUGUGUAUUGUGGCUAGUCUUUGGAAUGAUGAUUAUUGUAGAGGUGCUGUGAUUAAAUAAAUAGAUUUUAUUUAUCCUAAAAAUGUGUUGGCAUUACAAUGCCUUGGGUUUGGGGCUUAGUGGUGCCCCCUGGUGGUUACAACUGCUAUAGUCAAACUUACGGCUGUCCCACACUCUUUCUGUUUCUUCAUGAUUGAUUUAAUUGUAUCAUUAAAUUGUAUAAUUUGAUAUUUUCUUGUCUCCAUCCCCUGACUUGUGCUUUUCAUGGAGUUGCUUGUUGUCUUCAUUUUGUCUUCACCUUGUUGGUUAGGACACCAUACUGACUUGGCUGGCCCUUCCACGUAAAAUCAAUAGAAACCCCAGACAUGUGACCUUCAUUGAACUGAUGAUGAGACUUCUAAAACAAAUUGACUGCCCCAGUGAUAAUUUAGGUGUGUCACAUUGAAGGGAGUGAAUACUCACAAGAUCAUUUAUUUUGUGUUUUAUUUUUGGAAUUCAUUUAGACCACUUUACAGAGAUUUGUUUUCACUUUGACAUUAAA